AUGUCUGGAACAAAAUCAAAAACCUCUAAGUCUUCAAAGUCUGACUCUGGGCAGAUCGUUGCAACCUCCCAGACUUCGCGAUUUCAUGUCGAUACUUUGACUACCUUGUCCAGAGAAAUCGAUUUGCACCAAGUUAAUAUCUCCAUCGGUAUUCGGGAUAUUCUGAUUGACGCUCACUUGCGCCUCAAAACAGGUGUAAAAUAUGGGCUAGUUGGUCGCAACGGCCAAGGAAAAUCAACCAUCUUGAAGGCUAUUGCCGAUAAGAUUAUCCCCGGAAUCCCAGAAAACCUGCGAAUUCUUUUGGUGGGACAGGUUGAAGGUGCUUUGAGUCUUUUUUCGGACGAAGACAAAGAACAACCGACGGUGGUGCAAGUGGUAGUUCGAAGUGAUUCACGUCGAGAGACGGCUUUGUGGGAACACAAGAUAUUAUCGACCGGGCUGGAAUCUGAUUCCGAGGUCCAGCUGCUGGAAGCAGUGGUUACUUUACGCCAUGCAAGAGCACUGAAAGAAUUAGAACUGGCACAGAAAAUUGCUGCAAAACGCAGUGGUGCACGAGGAGCUGAUGCCCGCAAGCAACUCUUGGUAUGCGAAAAGCAAGUUGCUGAUCUGGAAGCAGAGUUGAAUUCGGUUAAACAAAAAGUCACUGAAAUUACUUCAGAGCUCACUGCUGCUACACAUGCGACGGCAAACGAAUUAAUUUCAGAGAUCCAAGGCACACUAGAAGCUAUCAACGCCGAAGCAACGGAAUCGAACGUCAGAGUAAUCCUACUAGGACUUGGUUUCUCUUCAGAGCAACUUGAUGAUCCGUACACUUCUUUAAGUGGAGGAUGGCGAUCGCGUUGCACCCUCGGAAGUGCACUUCUACAAAAGCCUGAUCUGCUAAUUCUAGACGAACCAACUAACUAUCUCGACAUCCCAUCAGUAGUAUGGCUGCAAAAUUAUUUAACGGAACUCGAAGACACCACGAUUUUAGUUGUAGCCCAUGAUCGGGACUUUCUGGACGAAGCAACGGAGGAAACCAUCAUACUCCGUGAGCAGAAAUUGGCAUAUCACGAGGGCGCAAUUUCAGCCUGCGAACGCGCUGGAGCGAAAAAACGAAAGUCCAAAGUUCGAAUGAAAGACGCUUUAGAUAAGAAACGUGAGGCUAUUGAGAAGACCAUUGCCGAGGGCGCACGUGCUGCCAGAAAGACUGGUGACGAGAACAAGGCAAGGAUGGUCAAGAGUCGACAGAAGAAACUUGACAAUCGUUGGGGGGCUGAAGUCAACGACAAGGGACACAAGUUUAAGCUCAAUCGAGACCUCGGGGGGUUUCACCUCACAUCUCGAGCUGAGAUAGAAAUCGAGAGCAUCGAUCCACCUGUCAAUCUGCCCUUCCCAGACCCUGAAGAUCUUCGGUUCCCUGGAACACUGUGUUCUGCUGCGAACGUCACAUACCGAUACUCUAAGGCAGGCCCGAUAAUUUUGGACGACGUAACUAUUACAGUGCAUCCGGGGGAUCGGGUGGGCCUGGUUGGGAAGAAUGGGGAGGGAAAAUCUACUCUGGUCAAGAUGUUAAUCGGACAACUAAAGCCUACGAAAGGAGUUGUCGAAAGGCAUCCACGACUUCGCAUCGGGUAUGGAUUCUCGAUAGUUAGCGCGUAUGAUUACUUCGAGCUGAAUGACUUUAGAUAUUACUCACAACACUCUGUGGAGGAGCUUACUGACCCUAAAGUUGGUGCCGUCUCCUCCGUCGUCCACUUUAUUGAAGAGUCGAAGAAUCGUCAUGGUAUUGUUAUCGAUGACGGAACCGCGAGAGGAUUCCUGGGAAGCUUUGGUCUACAAGGCCGCAUUGCUACCAACCCAAUCAGCACCCUUUCGGGCGGACAGAAGGUCCGAUUGGCCCUGGCGCUUAUAGUCUACCCCGCCCCAGACCUUCUAGUUCUGGAUGAAGUGUCGACCCAUCUUGACAUGGAUACAAAUGUGGGACUGAUGCGUGCACUUCGUAGAUUCAAAGGCGCUGUGCUACUUGUUAGUCACGACCGUCAUCUUAUCCGUUGUGUAAUCGAAGGUGACCCACUGAUUCCCGAGGGAGAUGAACUAAGCGACGGUGAGGAGGACGAGACAUCUGACACAGACGAUCCGGUAAAAACUGGAGUGGUGUACCGAGUAGGACCGAAAGGUAAAUUACGAAAGCUUGAAAAUGGGGUGAACCAGCUCUUUUUGACUGGAAUGUUCGUCGUCCCCUUGAUACGAUCCACUAUUCGUAGUACAUGGCUCAAGACUGUGGCAAUCAGAUCCUCUGUCGCAUCAGUGAUGGCACUAAUCACUACGUCUACUAAUAUUGCUGUUAGUUAUGUACUAGAUGGUAAAGAAGCAAUAUGGGUUUGCCUUGGAGGCUGUGCGACUGAUUUAGUUAUCAAUGCUAUCAUCCUAUAUUGGGCUAUACAAGGGCCCGAUGAAUCGUCCGAAUCUCGGGAUAAAUCAAUAUAUACAUCACCCAUUGGUGACAUCACGUUUCGAUGGGGCGUUGCCGAUGGUCAUGAUCAACUGAGAUCUCCUGGUUCCUCCCUACGAGACAACGUUUCAGAGGCAACAGUCGCAGUUCCUACCAUGAGCCUCCCACCUCUAGAAAAGCCUGGACCGCUAAUAAGACCGGAGAGGUCCCGUGCAUCGUUGUAA